UUAACGGGUGCAGUUCGUUCUGGUCUUGAGUCGUGCGCGAAUUGGUUUUCUGAGGCCCUCCGCUGGCAGGCCAUCGAUUUUGUGCAGAAAAGCUCAGAGUUUUCCCCCAACGAAAAGUUGCCCAAUAAAUUACACAGAGCACAGCCAAGUAAAUCAACUAAUAAGUCCCAGAUCGACGAUUUGUUUCAGUGUUUCAGCAAACUGAAAACUAACCAAAAACUUUCCCCCAAAAACAAGUGCAAAAAUUUUCGCUGUUAUACAGAAAGCCAGACCCCUACAUAUACACAUAUAUGGAAGCCUAUAUAUAUAAUCAAGAAUCCUAUAACUAAGUCCAGAAGGAAGCUACGCGAAUGUGCGCAUUUGGUUACCUUUUGUUCUUCGCCCUAUUGUUAACCACAAUUCUGGUGCUGUCCAUCAUUUUCGCCACCACCUCCAAGCGAUCCAUGUUGGAUAGUCUUGUCCUAGUAUUCAAUUACACACAAGAACAGCAGCAAGACCAAGAAAUGCAGCAGCAACAGCAAACGGACUAUCAGCAACAACCACAAAUGUUCUUGAAACAGAAAAUAUUUUGAGUUCUAUAGGUCCUGUAAAAGCCCGAAAAAUAAAACGAAACUGAAAAUCAAUUGGCCUUUAGUGUACGCGAGUAAAAGAAUUUCACUCGUGCUCAAGUGAAAAAAUUACAGGAAAAUAAUUUGACUAAAUAUAAAGUGAGAUCUAAAAAAACAAUACAACUUAAUCAAAGUAAAAUUCGUGAAAUCUAACAAUAAAGUGCGUUCAAAAAGUGUAACAAAGACAACCUAAAAUUUGUGCUAUAAUGAACUUAAAGGAUACAGUUACCCUAUAAGCCAACAAUUGUUUGGCCCUUAUUUAG